AUGGCUGCUCCGGUUCAAGCUCCGGUUCAAGUUCAAGCUCGUGCUGCCUUGUGGGAAGCUCCUCGCCAUCUGGACGCCUGGUACGACCGGGGUCCCACCUUGCGGGAGUACGCAAACAACAACAACAACAAACGGUUUCUGGCCGCCGCAACCUACGCUGCCGCAGGCAACGGCGGAAAUCACAACGACAACAACAACAACAACGCCGAAGAUUUGACCACUGAGAUGACUGAGGAGAAGAAGCGGCAGAAAGAGGAGCAGGCCGAGCUGACGAACUGUAUUGCCGCCAAACGCCUGAAGACCGAUCCCGAGCUGGAGGAGGCACUCUCCAGUGGCAAACUGUCCGAUGUGCUGCUUCGCUUUCCCGACUCCUCAGAGACGAUCCCCGCCCACCGGCUGAUGCUCGCCAAGGGCUCGCCCACCUUCGAGGCGAUGUUCAGCACCGACAUGGUGGAGAAAUUGAAGGGCGAGGUGAUGCUGCAGGACGUCCGACCGGAGGUGAUGCGCCUGGUGCUGCGCUUUCUCUACAACGCCAAGCCGCUGGAGCAGGAGGAGCUGCAGAUGCACGCCGUGGAGCUGUACAAGGCAGGGCAUAUGUACCAAAUCGAGGGGCUGAAGAAACUCGCCGAGCUCGCCCUGCUGGUCAAUGCCCAGCAGGCGGCCGAUGAUGAGGCGAAGCAGCUGGUGGCCACCGCCGAGCUGUACGGCCUGAAGGAGCUGCGACAGCGUACGCUGACGGCGGUGAAAAA